UAACGGAGCAGACUAGUGAGUGGCACAGGCGGGAGGUCAUUUGCCACAGGACUCACAUAUACCCCUAUCGUCUGCUUGGCCUUAUCAGAAAGCGCAGCAGGAUUAUUGUCAGGCGUGCGCAUAUGGUGGCAGCGCGCUGUAUAAGCAGAGGCACCGGGGGACCCGCCCUGCACCACUCUCACUUGGCACAGAGCGCACUGCACUCAAGAACAGUUACUAGUGAGGCUACUGACUAGCGUGGCAAUCUGGAUGCCCAUUAAUCUCGCCACCAAACUUACAUGUGUGUGCUUGUCAUGGUAACAGCAGCCAUACUAACAAUUACUUCAUCAGAACUAUCGACAACAAUGGUCACUGCUGAAAACACAAAUUAAGGUCCCUGGUCACACAAGUGACAAGUAGCACUUUACCGUCACUGGCCUCAUUACUUGAACCGCUUUACAGGAAGACCACGGAGUCACCUAGGCACAGGGUAUCUGCAUUAGUACUGCACCUACUCAUUACAGAACAAACGCUCUUCAGAAGGUACCUUUUAUCUUUAUCAUGGAAGUAACAGACACCGAGGAGCCAAGGCCAGCGCCGGCCAGUUCAGAGCUGGUGUCCGGUCUGCUGACUGUUGGGAAGACUCUGCUGAUGCUCUUCCCUGUAUACCUCUGCGGCUACAUGGGCUUCAGCAUUCUCUUUGUGGUACUUGGUCUAGUUGUGUAUUUAGGAUGGAAGGGAAUCCGUAAGAACAAAUUGGGCAACCUCACAUUAGCCUUGGAAGCUAUGCAAAAUGAAGAGGCAGUCACUGCUCGCUCCAUCUUCAUGAACAGAAAAGAGCUCCCGUCCUGGGUCACUUUUCCUGAUGUGGAAAAAGUAGAAUGGCUAAACAAGCUCCUGGCACAGAUGUGGCCGUUUAUUGGUCAGUACCUAGAGAAGCUGCUUACAGAUACCAUAGCACCUUUAGUGCGAUCAUCCAACAAUCACCUGUCGACUCUCUACUUCACCAAAAUCAACUUUGGGGAGAAGGCCCCAAAGGUGAUUGGAGUUAAAGCCCACACAGAGCUGGACAAGAAGCAGAUCAUCCUGGACAUGAAUCUCAGCUAUGUUGGAGACAUAGAAAUUGACGUGGAGGUGAAGAAAUAUUUCUGUAAAGCUGGAUUAAAGGGUGUACAACUGCAUGGGAUGCUUCGUGUUAUCUUUGAACCACUAAUAGGAGACGUUCCCAUUGUUGGCGCUAUCACGUUGUUCUUCAUUCGCCGGCCGAUGUUGGAUGUAAACUGGACGGGACUCACAAACCUUCUAGACAUUCCUGGACUCAACACAAUGUCAGAUACAAUGAUCAUGGAUUUAAUCUCUGCUUACCUGGUGCUACCAAAUCGUCUGGUCAUCCCCCUAAAACAAGAGCUACAUACAGCAGAGCUGCGCUCCCCACUACCUAGGGGUAUUGUUCGUAUUCAUCUAAUUGAAGCCAGGAAACUGCCAGCAAAAGACAUCCAGCUUAAAGGUAUAUUUGCUGGGAAAUCGGACCCUUAUGCUGUCCUUCGUGUAGGCACACAAGUCUUCACAAGUCGUGUCAUUAACGAGAACUUAAAUCCUGUUUGGCGUGAGAUGUAUGAGGUUGUUGUUCAUGAGGUGCCUGGCCAGGAGUUGGAAGUGGAGCUGUUUGAUAAGGAUCCAGACCAGGAUGAUUUCUUGGGAAGAUUUAAGCUAGAUCUGGGUGAGGUAAAGAAAGCUUGUGUUGUGGACAAGUGGUUCGAUUUAAAGGACACAAAGUCAGGGGAGGUGCAUCUCAGGCUAGAAUGGCUCACUCUUCUGUCCAAUGCUUCAAAACUUGAAGAGAUUGUAAAGAUAAACAGAGAAACUACUGUAAAGACUCAAGAGGAACCUUCUGCAGCAAUUCUAGUGCUCUACCUGGACCGAGCACAAGACCUUCCACUAAAGAAGGAACUGAAGGAACCAAACCCCAUGGUACAGCUAUCCAUACAAGACGUAACUCAUGAGAGCAAGACCGUGUACAAUACCAGCUCUCCAGUUUGGGAAGAACCUUUCCGCUUUUUCUUAAGAGACCCCAGCCUACAUGAUCUGGAUAUUCAGGUGAAAGAUGAUGAUCGCCAGCUAUCUUUGGGCUCUCUGUCCAUUCCACUAAGCAAAGUCCUGUGUGCCGACCAUCUAACAUUAGACCAGUGGUUUCAGCUAGAGCAAUCAGGGCCCAGGAGCAGAAUCUACAUGAAACUUAUAAUGCGGGUACUGUAUUUGGACACUACUGGUCUUCCAGAUCUUGUUGUCACUGAGGAACAUGCUGUUGCCCUUGAAUCCAGUGUAGAUGUCCCCCAAAGACCAGAGAAAACCAACUAUCCUGAAAGCUUUGCUACUGAGUAUGUGGUUCGAGUAUUUAUUCUUGAAGCAGAGAACUUGAUUGCCAAAGAUAACUUGAUGGGAGGAAUGAUAAAAGGAAAGUCUGAUCCUUAUACUGUGGUACGGUAUGGAGGGAAAUCCCUGAGCACCAAAGUGAUUGAUAACAACCUUAACCCACAAUGGAACCAAGCUUUUGAGAUUUUGGUGACUGAUAUCCCUGGACAAGACAUUGCAUUUGAAGUUUUUGAUAAAGAUGUCGACAAAGAUGACUUUUUAGGAAGGUCAAAAAUAAGUGUAAAGAAUGUCUUAAAAUCGGGCAGUGUGAAUGAAUGGCUUCCGUUAGAGGAGGUGAAAUCAGGGAAGCUGCAUGUCAGGUUGGAAUGCUUGUCUCGUCUUACAGAUGCUACACAAGUGGAUCAGGUGAUGAUGGUAAACAGCCUCACCCAGCCAGCAAACAGUGAAGAUUUCUCUGCUGCUAUCCUCUGGAUAUACCUAGAGCAAGCUUGUGACCUGAAGAUGAGAAAAGGAGAUAAGUCCCCCACAGCGACUGCAGAGAUUAGUGUGAAGAAAGUGUCUUACAAGACCCAGCCCAUAAAGAAGAGCGUUAAUCCUGUAUGGGAUGAAAGCUUUUUGUUCCUCAUCAAGAAUCCAAACAGUGAGAUACUGAACCUUCAGAUUCGCGAUGAUAAUCAUAGCACUCUGGGGACUCUCAGCUUCCCCCUAUCAAAUCUCCUUACUGCUGAUUGUCUGACUGUUGAUGGCUGGUUCCCGCUGAAUACCUCAGGACCCAAUAGCCAGGUGCUAAUGAGGCUCCAGAUGAAGAUUUUAAGUUCUCCUAAUGUCAACCCUGAUGUCCUAGCUCUCAGUCAAGUUGCCUCUUCACUUCCCCAAAAACCUCGUAGCCGACCCCCUAGCCCACAGAAAAUGAUUAGUGAUGAUACAGAUAUCCUUUUUCCAUCUGAGAAAACCGACCCUUUUGUACAAGGGGACCUACGACAAAGGCCACCACAUUCAGACAGUGCUCCAGAGCCCACUACCUCUCAGCUGCAUAUGACUGUGUAUUACCCAGAAAACGAGGGCAAGCUCGUAGCUGUGAUUCAUAACUGCAGGAAUUUGAGCAUCUCCUACAAGGAGCCAUCUGAUCCAUAUGUGUCCCUGAUUUUACUGCCGGACAAAUCUCGGGGGACAAAAAGGAAAACAGCUGUGAAAAAAAAAUCUAGCAACCCUGAAUUCAAUGAGAAGUUUGAUUGGGAUAUAACGUUAGCAGAUGCAAAGAAAAGGACACUGGAUAUCUCUGUGAAAAACAGUGCAUCCUUUAUAUCUGGGGGAAAGGAGCUGAUUGGAAAGGUUCAAGUUGACCUCUCCAAAAUGGACCUAGCAAAAGGACUCAGUCAGUGGUACGAGCUGAAGACUGAGAGGUCAACAAGUGUGUAAUACGAUUAUCAGGACCAGAAUAUUUUGUUAGUGAGCGCUCCCUUCUUGGCACUGCUACCUACUGGACUUGGCACUGCUAUUGUCCCAGGAGCUGAGCUUACCCCAGGAUGGCACAUGUAGCACCCUGCUGGUCUCUACAAAGACACAGAAGCAGAGAGAAGACAUUACCAGGACCUGCUUGCCUUUGCUUUUAUACUAUCUUAGCGUUAGACUGUGACAGAAAAAGAUUAUAAGUCUAGUAGUCUUUGCGAGACAUCUAGAAAAAAUCUUGUUGGUGUGCCCACUACAGUGUGGUGUUUCGCUCGCAGAUCCAUACAUCUAGACAGCAGCAGGUGUAGCCAACUGCCUAAUAGAUCUGCCUCUAGUAAAGGCAGCUAAGUGGAGCAAAAAUUGAAUUUGCUUAUAAUGUUUUACUGUAGCAAUUUGCUUUUGGCCAUCAUUUAUUGCAAGUAACGGCCACAUCUCAAGUCUCACUGUAUAGCUUACAUUAUAGUGCCACUAUUUAGUCUUUUGUGCUUCAUGCCCUCAUAUCCAAAGAUCUUUAUAUUCUAAUGACUGUGACACCGACAAUCACUGCCAGCUUAAUAAUAUGAAUAUACACAGUUCUUAUUGGCAUUCUUUUUUUUUUACAAAUCAUUUUAACAUUCUAGUAUCUAUUUCUAAAUGAACCAUUUUAACAUUAGUUUUAACUUGGUUAACACUUUGCUUACAAAGCAAUUCUUUGAUUUUUGGAAUCUCCAUCGGAGAGUUUCACCAUAUAUGUGAUCAGCCUAUUUAUGACUCUGUUACUUUUAUAGACAAAAUAUUUUUGUGAAACAUUGUUUUGUUUUUUUUACCUUUUAAAAUCUUUGAUUUUUUUUAAUUUGUUUUUAUAUAGUUUUUUUUUAAAUAAUAUCCUCAAAGUAGUCACAAUCAAUGCUUGACAAUGUUUAAUAUGUGAAUGUGAUAUGCAUUUCGCAAUUCUUGCUUCUAGUAUAUGGGCUUCUGUCAGCCAUUUACAAGUGAUGUUCUGCAGAAGAAAAACAUCUUAUUUGAACUGAAAUGUUAAACAUUCCUGUGCCUGCCUCACAAUGAAAAUCUGAGAAGUUAUUUAUGAGUAUCCUUGCCUCUGACAUGGUGUAUUUUAACUCUUUCAGUGCCACUAUUACAACGCAGAGUAUGACUAUAUUAAUUAUAUGUUGAAAUACAUUUGUAAAUCUCAUAGUUUAUGUGGCCGUUUGACCAAACCUUAGCAGUGUUACAUCCCUAUAGUCCCAGUUAUCACCCUCCUAACUUAAUUUAAGCAAUAGUGACGAAGCAAACUCACCAUCAUUUUAAACACAUACCUUUUGUCUAUUGAAACAUUAUGGUUUGCCCAAAAACUAGCUGAAAAAUUAUACUUGACCAAGACAGAAAUGGCUGUAGCCGUCCCAUUACCGGCGCUGUGCAAUAACUUUUUUUCAUGCCAGUCUAAUUGUAUUAUAUACAAUAUGUUAUCUGUACUUCUUCAUUUUAUGUCUCCGCAAUUAUGCUUUAAACCUCCUUCUGGACCAAUUUGCCAUACCAUACAAUAAAGCUGUUUUAAACUCUU